CAAGGCAACUUAUUGUCUUUCUCACUCAUUCUUCUCACUCUCAUACAUAUCAAUCAUAUCAACAAACAAAUAUAGCUCUUUCCCAAUUUUGGACAAACCAAUCUAUUUUUAUUUUGAGCCAAAAAAGAAGAAGAAGAAAACCAACUGAUAACUCCAUGGAAGAAGCACAACAAAAGCUCUUGGAUAUAUCAAAUCAAGAAAUAUUUGAGGAUGAAAAUCCCAAUACUGAAUCAAGUGGAUCAACUCAACAUUCCUACUUUGCCAAGCAUAAAUGGUGGUACCAAGUAGCCAUUUUUACCUCUUUUACUCUAAUUGGAGAAGUAGUGACAUCACUCUUGGUAAACACAUAUUUUACCAAAGGAGGUAAAAGUAUAUGGCUAGCCUCAUUCGUGCAAAAUGCAGGAUUUCCAAUUCUUCUUCCUUUCCUAUGCUAUGCAUCACUCAAAAAUAAGGGCCACAUUGAGGUAAUUAAAGGAAAUCAAGAACCCCACAUUUGCAUAAUCUUUUUAGUUUAUGUUGUCCUAGGUGUAUUACUUGGUGGAGUUAGUAUUUUCAACUCGGCUGGUCUAAAAUACCUCCCUGUCUCAACGUACUCUCUCACCAGUACCACUAGACUAGGGUUCACUGCUAUCUUCUCUUUCAUCCUCAAUGCACGUAAGUUCACCCCAAGUAUAGUAAACUCUAUAGUUCUUGUAACAGCUGCCUCAAUUGUUCUAGUACUUCAUAACAAUGAGUCUGGGGAAACGUCUGGUGGGAAGUUUGUCCUAGGAUUUUUUUAUACGGUCAGUGGAUCCAUUACUUAUUCCUUAGUGCUUACCUUAACCCAAUUUUCGUACCAGAAAAUAUUAAAGGGUAGUAAAUUCAUAGAUAUCAUAGAGAUGUCAAUAUACCAAACGCUAGUUGCAAGCAUAAUGAUCCUACUAGGUCUUUUUGCAAGUGGAGAUUGGAAGAAUUUAAUUAUGGAGAUGGAACAUUACAACUUAGGGAAAUUAUAUUAUGUUGUAAUCUUGUUUUUUAUAGGCAUUUCAUGUCAAUUACAUGUUGUGGCUUCUAUUGGGUUAGUUUUUAAAGUCACUCCCCUUUUGUCCAAUGUUCUUAACAAUUUAGGGGCUCCAAUUACUCCAAUUUUUGCGGUGAUCAUUCUUCAUGAUAAGAUUAAAGGUUUGAAGUUGCUAGUUAUGUUUUUAGCCUUUUGGGGAUUUGCUUCACAUAUUUAUCAACAAUAUCUCAAUGAUGUGGAGGCCAAAGAAGAAUUAAUAGAACAUAAAGCUAGAGACAUUUCUGAAAUUUCUCCUAGUUGAAGAGAUAUUGUUUUUUGUAUUUUUAUUCUAUUGUAAAUUAUGGUUUCUUUCAAUUUCUCAAGAGGUGUACAUAUCAAUGUGAUCACUUGUGUGUAUAUUCAAGUUGAAGUUAAAAAUUCUUAUUGGGCCUUUCAA